UUCAGUUCAGCUCCACCCCCGCGUGGCGGCGGCUCGCUCGGUCCGAACCCGCGCUCGGCACCAGCCCAGCCUGGACAAGCGGCAGCCACCUGCCCCGCGCCGCCUCCGUCCGCCCCCGCCGCGGCCCAACUUGGAUGGAGUUGGGGUCCUGAGCGCCUGUCCCCCACAGCCGGCCAGCGGAGAGCACCGCGCCUCCACCUCCGGUCCGGAACCUUCUCUCCACUCCUCUCUGCUCCUGCGAUGGGAAAAGUUGGCGCGGCCGGCGGCUCCCCAGCCCGGCUGAGCGCGCUUCUCGCCGGCGCAGGGCUCUUGGUCCUCUGCGCCCCGGGCGCCUUCGGCGGCGGCUCUUGCUGUCCCCCGCUGCACCCCAGCUCGGCCCAGCGCUGGGCUCCGACCCCAGGGGGCUUUCCUCACCAGGGACCGCGAGGCAGGGCUCCUGCCACGCCCCUGCCCCUCCUUGGGCGCCCCCUGUUCGCAGUGGCCCCGGGAGACCGAGCGCUGUUCCUGGAGCGGGCCCCCGGCACCGGGGCGUCGGUGGCGGUUGCUCCCCGCUCUGGCCGGAGGAGACGGAGUGCAGCGGAUCAGCAGAAGGCAGAACGGGGAGAAGGCACGAGUAGAAACCCCCGGGGAGUGCUAAGGGACGGAGGGCAGCAGGAGCCUGGGACUCUGGAGCGGGACCCGGACAAAGCCACUCGCUUCCGGAUGGAGGAGCUGAGACUGACCAGCACCACGUUCGCGCUGACAGGCGACUCAGCACACAACCAAGCCAUGGUCCACUGGUCUGGCCACAACAGCAGCGUGAUUCUCAUUUUGACAAAGCUCUAUGACUAUAACCUGGGGAGCAUCACUGAGAGCUCGCUUUGGAGGUCAACUGAUUAUGGGACAACCUAUGAGAAGCUGAAUGAUAAAGUUGGGUUGAAAACAAUUUUGAGCUAUCUCUACGUGUGUCCCACCAACAAGCGUAAGAUUAUGUUACUCACAGACCCGGAGAUUGAGAGUAGCUUAUUGAUCAGCUCAGAUGAAGGGGCAACCUAUCAAAAGUACCGGCUGAACUUUUACCUCCAGAGCUUACUCUUCCACCCCAAGCAAGAGGACUGGAUUCUAGCAUACAGCCAAGACCAGAAGUUAUACAGCUCUGCUGAAUUUGGAAGAAGGUGGCAGCUUAUCCAGGAAGGAGUCGUACCAAACAGGUUCUACUGGUCUGUAAUGGGGUCGAACAAGGAACCAGAUCUUGUGCAUCUAGAGGCCAGAACUGUGGAUGGUCAUUCCCAAUAUCUAACUUGCCGAAUGCAGAACUGCACAGAGGCCAACAGACAUAAACCUUUCCCGGGCUACAUUGAUCCAGACUCUCUGAUUGUCCAGGAUGAUUACGUGUUUGUUCAGCUGACAUCAGGAGGACGGCCACAUUACUACGUGUCCUACCGAAGGAAUGCAUUUGCCCAAAUGAAGCUGCCCAAAUAUGCUUUGCCCAAGGACAUGCAUGUCAUCAGCACAGAUGAGAAUCAAGUGUUUGCAGCGGUCCAAGAAUGGAACCAAAACGACACGUACAACCUCUACAUCUCAGACACCCGUGGUGUCUACUUCACCCUGGCCUUGGAAAAUGUCCAGAGCAGCAGAGGCCCUGAGGGCAACAUCAUGAUCGACCUCUAUGAGGUAGCAGGGAUAAAGGGAAUGUUCUUGGCUAACAAGAAGAUUGACAACCAAGUGAAGACUUUCAUCACAUAUAACAAAGGCAGAGACUGGCGUUUGCUGCAGGCACCAGACACGGAUCUAAGGGGGGACCCUGUUCAGUGCUUACUGCCCUAUUGCUCACUACACCUUCACCUUAAGGUCUCUGAGAAUCCCUACACAUCGGGGAUCAUUGCCAGCCGAGACACAGCUCCCAGCAUCAUAGUGGCUUCAGGUAAUAUAGGUUCUGAAUUGUCAGAUAGCGACAUCAGCAUGUUUGUCUCUUCAGAUGCAGGGAACACUUGGAGGCAGAUCUUUGAAGAAGAGCACAGUGUUUUGUAUCUGGAUCAAGGUGGAGUCCUGGUUGCUAUGAAGCACACAUCUCUCCCAAUUCGACAUCUCUGGUUGAGUUUUGAUGAAGGGAGAUCUUGGAGCAAAUACAGCUUUACAUCCAUUCCACUUUUUGUGGAUGGGGUUCUGGGUGAGCCUGGGGAAGAGACUCUCAUCAUGACAGUGUUUGGACACUUCAGCCACCGCUCUGAAUGGCAGCUGGUCAAAGUGGACUACAAGUCCAUUUUCGAUAGACGGUGUGCCGAGGAGGACUACAGACCCUGGCAGCUGCAUAGCCAGGGGGAAGCAUGCAUCAUGGGAGCAAAAAGGAUAUAUAAGAAGCGUAAAUCAGAGCGGAAAUGUAUGCAAGGAAAAUAUGCAGGAGCUAUGGAAUCUGAACCGUGUGUCUGCACAGAGGCUGAUUUUGACUGUGACUAUGGUUAUGAGCGACACAGCAACGGUCAGUGCCUCCCAGCAUUUUGGUUCAAUCCAUCUUCUCUGUCGAAGGAUUGCAGCUUGGGGCAGAGUUACCUCAAUAGUACCGGGUAUAGGAAGGUGGUUUCCAAUAACUGCACUGAUGGAGUGAGAGAACAGUACACUGCCAAACCGCAAAAGUGUCCAGGGAAGGCCCCGCGAGGACUCCGGAUCGUCACUGCUGAUGGAAAGUUGACAGCGGAACAAGGGCACAAUGUUACUCUCAUGGUACAAUUGGAAGAGGGUGACGUUCAGAGGACACUCAUCCAAGUGGACUUCGGUGAUGGCAUCGCAGUGUCCUAUGUCAAUCUCAGCUCCAUGGAAGACGGGAUCAAACACGUCUAUCACAAUGUGGGCAUUUUCCGAGUGACCGUGCAGGUGGACAACAGUCUGGGGUCUGACACCGCCGUCCUGUACUUACAUGUAACUUGUCCCCUGGAACAUGUACACCUGUCUCUUCCCUUUGUCACCACAAAGAACAAAGAGGUCAACGCAACUGCAGUGCUGUGGCCCAGCCAAGUGGGCACCCUCACUUACGUGUGGUGGUACGGAAACAACACGGAGCCGCUGAUCACCUUGGAGGGAAGCAUAUCAUUCAAGUUUACUUCUGAAGGAAUGAACACCAUCACAGUGCAGGUCUCAGCUGGGAAUGCCAUCCUACAAGACACGAAGACCAUCGCAGUGUAUGAGGAAUUCCGCUCUCUUCGCCUGUCCUUUUCUCCAAACCUGGACGACUACAACCCGGACAUCCCUGAGUGGAGGAGGGACAUCAGCCGAGUCAUCAAAAAGUCCCUGGUGGAAGCCACAGGGGUUCCAGGCCAGCACAUCUUGGUGGCAGUGCUCCCUGGCUUGCCCACCGCUGCCGAGCUCUUUGUCUUGCCCUAUCAGGAUCCAACAGGAGAAAACAAAAGGUCAGCCGAGGACCUGGAGCAGAUAUCAGAACUACUCAUCCACAAGCUCAACCAAAACUCAGUGCACUUUGAGCUGAAGCCUGGGGUCCAAGUCCUUGUCCAUGCAGCCCACUUAACAGCAGCCCCACUGGUAGACCUCACUCCAACCCACAGUGGAUCCGCCAUGCUGAUGCUGCUCUCGGUGGUGUUUGUGGGGCUGGCGGUGUUUGUCAUCUACAAGUUUAAAAGGAGAGUAGCUUUACCCUCCCCUCCCUCCCCUUCUACUCAACCUGGUGACUCAUCUCUCCGAUUGCAAAGAGCAAGACACGCCACUCCACCUUCAACGCCAAAGCGGGGAUCUGCUGGGGCACAAUUUGCAAUUUAAGGAAAACCCCCAAAGGCUACAGGCGACCUGCUGAUCAGGAAAGAAUUUCGCUCUUGUCAAGUGCAUCAUCCUUAAUGACCACUAACUUUAUGUUUUUUUUCUUUCCUUUGUUGUUCUGUUUCCUAUUUCGCCAGGAAGUAUUUCCAUAGUUGCUGAGAAUCAAAGCACAAAAGAAAUCCCUACCUAUGUAAAUGUUUGAAUGGAGGACGCCAGUAAAAACAAAAACAAACAAAAAAUAAAAUAAAAACAAUCAAAGUCCAAACAAACAAACAAACACUCACUGCAUCGGGACUUUUUAAUUCUUCAGACACAGACAACAAGGGUUUUUAGCUUUAAGCCUGUGCAUGUGGACAAUACCUUGAGAACAUGCUUGGAGGGCAGUGUACAGGUGCUGUAUUUUACUGGAAAAACACUCCCCUCCCCCUUUCUUCUUCUCUCUCUUUUUUCUGAUCGGUCGUGUUUGUAGAAAAUUCAUAACAUAUAAAAAGCCAAGGAAAUCUGCAUGUAUUUUUGGAAAUAUUCUUGGCUCUAGAUUUAACAGCUAUUUUAGCACUAUAGGCUGGUGGGUGGAUUAGCCAACCCCAGCCCCUUUCAUAAGACACAAAGACAUGCACAGGAGUUUGAAACCCUGAGCUGUUUCUCUGUUCCAUUUUCCUUGUUGCCAUUUUCCCU